AUGAACCCAACAACUUCCUCUCAUUCAAUUUUACUUCAACGAACAACAGCAGAAAUUAUCACGAUGGAAAUUGAUGAAAGCAGUUCUGAAAGUUGUGAUACUGUUGUGAAUGUUGGCUCUUCUGAUAUUUCACCUCAACAACUACACAAAUUUUCCAGUAAAUCUCUGCAACCUUGCUCACCUUCUUCUUCACAGGCACCGGCAGCAGAAAGCAAAUUUGAAUUAACCCACGUUUUGUGUAUUGAACAGGUGGAAUCUGAUUUUACCCCCAUUCCUUGGAGGACAUCUACACAGAGAGGACAGUUCAGUUGUGAAAAGGAUGAAAGGGGGAGAUAUGUUAUAAGACAGCCUCCUGAGUUGGAUUACUUGUUUCAAUUUGUUGUUGGAGUUGCCUCAAUGUUUAUUGUUCCUUGCAUUGGAAUUAUAAUUUUCAUCUCAAUAUUCUUCACAAUGGAAUUUAACUUGACUGUUAGCAGUGGUGAAUUGACAAUUAAUACAUUUGGAGCCUAUUGGAAAAACAAGAGAUUGGAAACCAGCAUGAGUGUUCCUAUACGUAAUAUUGCUGCAUUAAGAGUGGUCAUGAAUCAAACACAAAAGAGAGAAGGCUUACCCGAUGGAAAGUUGUUUAUCAUAACAAGAGACAAUUUGACCAUUGAGGUGCAGAAGGAUUAUGUUAAUUAUUACUCUGUUCUUGCAAUGGCUCAAAAGGCAACAGAGGUGAUUAAUUCCAAUUUGAAUCUGAGUGCAUAA